AUCUUGUUGAAAGCCAAAGUGGAUGACCAAACUUUUCAAAGAGAGCAUGAAUCACUAAACAGUGAGACUAACGAAGUGUGUAGACAGCUCUACCCACAAAACUAUUUGAAGCACACUAUUACAUAGUAAAUUUAAGUAUGACCAAGGAAGAAGCUUAUAGGGAAGAAUUUAGUUAUGACAGGAUGCCAACAUUGGAACGUGGAAAACAAGAAAAUGGAAAUUAUGCUUCAGAUAUGAAAUCUAGUGAUCUUCAACUAUCAAAGAGAUUUCAUCCUUGUUUCAGUUAUAAAACUUGGAUCUACUCUUUACUGAUGGGGACCUGCAUCCUUGCUACCUCUGGAUUUUCACUUUAUUUGGGGAAUGUUUUUCCAUCUGAAAUGGAUUACUUACGCUGCGCAGCAGGUUCAUGUAUUCCUGCAGCAGUUGUAAGUUUUGCCAUAGCCAGAAACAAAGUGAACAUGAUACCAAAUUUUCAGAUGCUCUUUGUUUCUACAUUUGCAAUUACGACCACAUGUUUAGUUUGGUUUGGAUGCAAACUUGUCUUGAAUCCUACAGCAAUAAAUAUAAAUUUCAACUUGAUUCUCUUAAUUCUACUGGAAAUUUUUAUGGCAACUACUGUGAUAAUUUCAGCUAGAUCUAAUGAGGAGUGCUGCAGGAAGAAGAAAAUGACUGUAUAUGACAGUUCCAGCACAUUGAAUAAUGUCCGCUUUCCUACACGGAUAUUGAAAUCAUAUUCAGUCAUUGAAGUUAUAAUUGGCAUUUCCGCUGUGUUUGGUGGAAUAAUUGCUUUGAACAUGGAUGUACUGGUCUCGGGCCCAUAUCUUUCAGUUACUUUCUUUUGGAUCUUAGUGGCUUGUUUUCCCAGUGCCAUUGCAAGUCACGUGGCUGCUGAAUAUCCAAGCAAAUGCUUGGUAGAAGUCCUGAUUGCCAUAAGCAGUGUCACUUCUCCAUUAUUAUUCACAGCUUCUGGAUACUUGUCCUUCAGUAUCAUGCAAAUUGUUGACAUCUUUAAAAAUUAUCCACCAGCCAUUAAACAGUCUUAUGAUGUUCUCCUGCUGCUUCUCAUGCUGAUGCUAUUGAUUCAAGCUUUCCUGACCACAGGCACCGUCAUACAAUGUGUAAGCUUCAAGGCAAAAAUGAAAAUGUGUGAUUCAUUGUGGACUAUUCCACAAAUAAGUAAACAAGAGUAUAAAACAACGGAGGUCUCCAAUAAUAGCAUGAAGGAUUUUGACAAAGAAAAGGCUUGGAAAGCUGUUGUUGUACAGAUGGCUCAGUAAUUCAGAUUUAGGAAAUGGGAUCAGGAGAGUUGUUGAAUUUAGGCAAGCCAGCCUUUGUAUUUACAAACAUCACUAUCACAAUGCCAGUUGCGUAAUAGUUAUCCCACUGACUACUUCAGAACAAUUUGAGAACUGCUGUGCCUAAGAAUGUUAGCGCUAGCACCUUUCUUUAAUCCUCUUUUAUGUGCCUUUCCAAUAACAUGGACAUUUGUGUAGCAUCAAGUCUGUGAUACAAUUUGUUGCCAGAAAUGUUUCAUAGAAUGUUAGUUUAUUAACAUGUAUAUUAUAGCUUUUAGAUUAUUAUUUUUGCAAAGAGAAUUUACAUCAAUGAAGUCAUUAAUCUGAAAUAUAACCAAUCUGAAUAUAUAAAUAACAAUAAGUGGUAGGUCUUCCUUAUUGCGAGAGACCAGUAUAACUGCUGGCAUGCAGUUAAUGUAGCACAUGCUUUUGUAAAGUUAUGGAUGCAUAGUAUAAUUGACACGUUUACUUAUACUUCACUUUUGUAUCUGUUAUUUAAAUAAUAAUACAAAUAAUAAUAACCUUUAUUUGCAUGUACAUUAUACUAUCAUAAUUGCAUAUCAAAUUUAAAUAUGUAAAAUGAAUAUGUAGGAGUUAUUAAGGAUCUCUUAUUACUUUUUGUAUAAAAUAAAAACUUUUAUCACUCGAGGAUCCUAGA